UCUACAAAAGCCCUGUAUAUGCCUAUAGGAACUACGAUAACACCUAUUUGUCCUACACGGAUGAAAUUGCGUGUAGUACGCGAAUGUACUUUAGACAGUCAAGUUUACUUGUAGUAAAUACAAUCGUCUCUUCGCAGAAAUAAUUAUAAUAAUAAUUUCAAGAAUAAAAGCGUUCGGCGACCAUGGCGAAUCUCACGCGCGUGUCUGGGAGUUUGCAUCGACUGACGGUGAAAGUUUGUUCAACCUCUCCGCUGCCUUUCUGCGGUUACAGUGUUUUAUAUCCACACAGUUUAAGUAACGUUAAAUCUGCAACUGUCAGAUGUUUUGCAAGAGACUCUCGUCACAGACACAAUAUUAGACAUUACAGCUCUUCUGCACAUAAAACUGUUCGUAUUGGAUGCGCGUCGGGGUUUUGGGGUGACACUGCAACGUCAGUUCCUCAGCUCAUAUAUGGUGGGAAGCUGGACUUUCUUGUGUUUGAUUAUUUGUCUGAAAUCACCAUGUCGCUGCUCUCAGCUGCCAAAGCUAAAGCACCACAAAUGGGAUACGCUCCUGAUUUUGUCCUUUCUCUUUCACCAUUUAUUAACGAUAUCAGCAAAAGAGGUAUUCGUGUGGUCAGUAAUGCUGGAGGUGUUAAUCCUCUGGCCUGUGGAGCAGCUCUUCAAGAGGUUAUUCAAAAGGCUGGACUUGACUUGAAGGUGGCUGUGGUUACUGGCGAUGACCUGAUGCCACAGAAAGACUCUUUGACUGAACUCCGGAUGACUGAUGCAGAGAGGAAGAAACCACUUCCAAAGACCGUCCACAGCAUGAAUGUGUAUUUAGGCGCUCUCCCCAUUAAACGCUGCCUGGACCUCGGGGCUGAUAUUGUAGUGACUGGACGCUGUGUAGACAGUGCUGUGGUUCUGGGACCACUGAUGCACUCGUUUGCAUGGGACGGCAGUAACCAUGACCUUUUGGCUGCUGGAAGCCUUGCUGGACAUCUGAUAGAGUGUGGUGCUCAGGCCACAGGGGGAAUCUUCACCGACUGGCACACUGUUCCUGACUGGGAUAACAUGGGCUUCCCGGUGGUGGAGUGUUCUGCUGAUGGUUCAUUUACACUCUGCAAACCUCCAAAAACCGGUGGGCUGGUUUCAUUUGGUACGGUGGCAGAGCAGCUGGUGUAUGAGAUUGGAGACCCACGGCAUUACCUCCUUCCUGAUGUAACCUGUGACUUCUCCAAUGUCACCAUUACUGAAAUAACAGAUGUGGAUGGCGGAGCCGUGAAAGUCGGUGGUGCCAAGGGAUCGCCUCCAUCAGGCGACUACAAGGUUUGCGCCACAUAUAUGGAUGGGUUCAGGGCGACAGCAGUUUGUCCUGUUGGUGGCCCGAGAGCGGUGGAGAAAGCUAGAAGAACAGCGGAGAGCAUAAUCAAAAGGACCCAGCGAAUUUUCAAACAGCUGGGUUUGGAGGAUUAUACUGAAGUCAAUAUUCAAGUUCUGGGUGCUGAGGACACAUAUGGACCCCAUGCAGUCAAUACAGGAGUUCGUGAGGCCGUGGUUUGGAUGGCCGUCCAUCACAAGCAGAAGAAAGCACUGGAGUUUUUCUCCAGAGAGGUCGCACCAGCGGGAACUGGCAUGGCUCCAGGACUCACAGCAAUUGUAGGAGGGCGACCAAGAAUAUCCCCAGUGCUGAAGCCUUUCUUUUUCCUGUAUCCCAAAUCAGAUCUUGAGGUGCAAAUUCAUGUGAAUGGGGAGCAUGUGGAGACACACAGAGAGGCAGUUUCAGAGCCUUCAUUAGGAGAAACACACAACUCCUCCCUUCGGUCAGAGGAGAGCAGCCUAUCUUCCACAGAUCUGCCCUCUGGGCCGCAUACCUUCAGACUGGAGGAGUUAGCAUACACGCGCAGCGGAGACAAAGGGGACUCCGCAAACAUCGGUGUUAUUGCAAGACACCCACAGUACUUCCCAUAUCUAAAGAAGUUUAUAACUGCUGAGGUCGUGGAGCAGUAUUUCCAACAUUUAAUCAGAAAGGAUCAGACUGGCCAACCCUCCGUCAUACGGUACGAGCUGCCUGGUAUUCACGGUCUGAACUUCAUUCUGCUCAACUCACUUGGAGGGGGAGGGGUGGCGUCCCUCCGCAGCGACCCUCAGGGAAAAGCUUACGGGCAAAUGCUGCUGGACUAUAAACUGCAAGGCCUACCUGAUUUAAAAUCACUAAUCAAUCAAAAAAGGGUUGAGGACUGAAAGAUAUCAGUGGCAAGCUGAGUUCUGCGAAAGUUUAAAGUCAAUAAUCCGGGACCAGAGGAGCAUUCUCCUGACCACUGUCAUCGGGAUGCUUUCCAUGUUUUUUGUUGGAAUAGCGCCGUCGACCGCACUUCCGAC